GAUCACAACAUGCACACUCGCCACGUGUUUCCUCUGCCGUCUGCAUCAUCUCCUCCCUCCCUUUGUCUAAGUAAGCAACCGUGGUUGCACACAUUCCUAAUACACCCAAUCCAAACCAACCGGCAUUAUUCGGCUGUGAUGAGAAAUGGACGACCGGGUUUGAAGGGCGGAAAAUAUCGAGGAAAAAAUGAAGGGUAGUUUUGUAAAUUUGACAAAAAGAUCUCUUCAAUCUUCUUCUUCUUCGGCAGGCAUUUAAUAAAAACUUAGCUGACUGCUGAGAAAUACAUGGAAAUACUAUUACGUGUGCUCUAAGCGAAAGCUUAAGAACUUUUUUAUUUUAUUUUACUUUUUUCUAUUUCUCACAGUCUUCAGCUUCUUCUGAAUUACAAAAGGUUUUUCUUUUACAGAGAGAAAGAGUGAUGUUGAUGAUGAUGAUUCGCUGAACAGUUGUUUGAGGUAAAUGGUUUGUUGGGGUUUUGGAUUUUGAGCUGUGAAUCAGUUACAGGGUUUUUGCCAAAAAAAAGGGGGGGGGGGGGGGAAGGGGAAAUUAAUGAGGAAAUCGUUUAAGGAUUCUCUCAAGGCUCUUGAAGCUGAUAUUCAGUUUGCCAAUACCCUGGCUUCUGAUUAUCCAAGAGAAUAUGAUGGCGCCUGCCUUCAGAUGAGAUUAUCUUACAGUCCAGCUGCUCAGUUCUUUCUUUUCCUUGUUCAGUGGACUGAUUGCCAUCUUGCUGGUGCCUUGGGAUUGCUCAGAAUUCUUAUAUACAAGGCAUAUGCUGACGGGAAAACCACCAUGUCAAUUCAUGAGAGGAAAGCUAGCAUAAGAGAAUUCUAUGGGGUGAUCUUUCCCUCAUUAUUGCAACUUGCAAGAGGUAUUACUGAUGUGGAUGACAGGAAACAGAAGGAAAUUUGUGCUGCAAAGUACAAGAAAAGGGAUGAAAUGAAUAGAGGAAAGCUCUCUGAAAUUGAUAUAGAAAGAGAAGAAGAAUGUGGGAUCUGCAUGGAGAUAAAUGGCAAGAUUGUGUUGCCCAAUUGCAACCAUUCUAUGUGUAUGAAAUGUUACCGUACUUGGCGCACAAGGUCUCAGUCAUGCCCCUUCUGUAGGGACAGCCUCAAAAGAGUUGAUUCAGGUGAUCUUUGGAUGUAUACUAGCAAUAAUGAAAUUGUUGAUUCAUCCUCAAUCUCGAGGGAGAAUAUGAAGCGUCUGUUGAUGUACGUUGGAAAGUUGCCACUCAUUGUUCCAGAUCCAAAGAUUGUUUCUUAUGAUCCACAACACCGAUGAUCACGUACUGAGUUUUAGAAUUGUAAAUAACAUAUGAAAUUAAUGUUUCUUUAUCUUUUUUAAAUUUCAUUGUAGUAAAUUUUGAAGGUGUAGAUAAACAUUCUUCGCUAGUAAGGUAAGUUUUUGUAUGAACUUCUCAUUUGAUUAUUAACACAAAUGUCCGUUUAUGGUGACGUAGGCUGUAACCGUCAAAUUUUCAUUUGUCAUUUAAUGACUUAUCAAGGAAUUGACAUGAUUCUAGUUGCUGUUGCUGUUGGUGUUGGGUUGCCUUCCCCUGCUUUUGUUAUUUGUGAUUUUUGUACCAAAAGGAAAAUGCUUCCUUUUUCCGCCAUAUGUUAUCAAAUUUGAAAUCAAUGACAAAGUCUAUUUAGUAUUUUUGGUACCUUAAUGAAGAGAAAUCAACAUGCAGAAUUCAAAACAUUACCAGCAACAAAGAAUUCACUGCGAGUUAAAAAUAAAUCAACAUAAAGAAUUUAAUGUAACAGAAGUGCUCUUAUCUAUAAAUGAAAAUAGUUUUGAUUGUGAACAAACUGUUUUGAUCCUUGGACUGGUAACAUGCUCCAAGGAAUCACUCCACGUACUCGAAGCUACUGUUUGUACCUUGGAAUAAAAAGAUUAUUCCCGCCAUAUGUGUUCUUGCAUCCAAAAGAGGAAAAGAUUUAACAACUUAUUCUCUCUCCACCAUUCAAUAACAAUGUGUCUUAAUUAAGUGUGAUCUAAGUUUGAACGA